ACCAAUGACCUGAUGGCAGCUUAUAAAAUAACUUGGGAGAAGCUCCUCACAGGCAUCUGGAUGUGACUGACCCUGCAUGUGGAGACAGCCUUCAUCUGGACUUUGAAAAGGCUCCUUCAGCAGCUGCCCGACCCCAGGAUGGUGACGAUGCUGCUGCUGCUUUCCACGCUGGCGGGCCUUGUUGCAGAGACUGAGGCACAAGCAUUUCAUUUCGGGAAGUGCCCAAGCCCCCCAGUGCAGGAGAAUUUCGACGUAAACAAGUAUCUUGGAAGAUGGUUUGAAAUUGAGAAGAUACCCGUGAGCUUCGAGAAAGGAAACUGCAUCGAGGCCAACUACUCACUAAAGGAAAAUGGAAACAUCAAAGUGCUCAACCAGGAGUUGAGAGCUGAUGGAACUGUGAAUCAAAUUGAAGGUGAAGCCACCCAAAGCAACAUCACGGAGCCUGCCAAACUAGGAGUUAAGUUUUUCCAGCUGAUGCCACUAGCACCAUACUGGGUCCUGGCCACCGACUAUGACAACUACGCCCUCGUCUACUCCUGUACCAACAUCAUCUGGCUUUUCCAUGUUGACCACAUUUGGAUCUUGGGAAGAAACCGUUAUCUGCCCCCAGAAACACUGACCUACUUAAAAGAUAUCCUGACUUCUAACAACAUCGACAUUGAGAAAAUGACCGUCACAGAUCAGGCGAACUGCCCCGACUUCCUGUAAGGACGCUCUGGAGCCCAGCUGCAGCCACCCCCUCACUUCCUCCACUCUGCUUUCCUCACCCUGCCCCCACCUCAUAAAGACACAGAACCACCCAUGACGACAGCUGCAAAGACCCACAGGGAAGUUUGCCGAAGCCACUGGAGGGGAGCUCCAGGAAAGCUGGCCCAGUGUUAGCCUCUGCUCACCCUGCCUCACCACCACUAAUAAACAUGUUGCUGACCCUCUGAGCCUAGC